AUGAUGUCGGAACAGUUUGCCGACAUGUUCUCGCACUUGACUGGAACGAUGGGGCGUAGCCAAGUACCACAGCCAAAAUUGCGUCGCGGUGCUACUUACGUGCCUCUUGGUGAGGACGAGGAGGAUGCCGAUAUCAGUGAAUUUCUUGAUGAUGUGUUUGAUCGUCUCCCUGCUGGUCGGGGCCGCGACGACUGGCUGAGGGUUAUACCCUUGCCGAAGGAACCGCCUGCGCCGUACGACCCUCGGGUGGAGUCACCAAAUAUGAUGCCGAGCCGCGUUGAGCCGGUUGACUACCUUUGCAAAUGUACGGGAAGCGUCGAAGCUAUAGGAACAGAGAGUGCAAGUGCAGUGGAAUUACAAGGCCCCACAAUCGCCGUAAAAGAGCGACUCGUGCAGUGGAAUCCAGCGUCCCUCAAAUAUCCACAGGACGAGGCCUACGCGAAGCGAGAUUUUCCAAACUGGCUCGAGUACUUUGGUAGCGAUGUGAUCGCUACCGAUAACGAUAAGACGAAGAAGAGUCGAUUGAUGCGCUAUUUCUUCCCGAAAGCGAAACAAGCCAAAGCAAGCAUUUUUGAAGUCAAGCGGAAACAACUAGUGACGCCGAACUCAGAGCAGCCGGGAACAACAGUAGACGUCGUAGAGGUGGAAUACAAGCUUUCCCCGACCGAAGCCGAACCUGGUGCAAUUGCAAAAGAAGGUAGCUUCAAGUUGAUAAAGGCACCGAGACCCAACAAGCAGGAUCCAGACUUUCAGGAAGAGUACAUAAAGCCGAUGCUGAUGUUGGAGUUCCAGGACGAGGACGCAGAAACUCCAAAAACCGGCCCCAUCAGUUUUCGCCUCUUCGAGAAAAUCAGCGCAACUACGACCGCUUCAGCUGUGACACUCUCAACUGUUACCUUUAAGCACAUCUUUUUGCGUUGUGGUUAUGACGCAAAAAAAUGAUAAGCAGAUACAACUUCUUGAUUGGGUUUAUUGCUUCGGCUUUAUUAGUUUGCUCAAAAAGUAAAAGUAUGCGGCUCGGCAGUAUGAUACUGCCAAGCCACAUACUUUUACUUUUUGAGCAAAAUAAUGUAGCUUUUUUGCCGCCUGCGUGAGCCUGGCAUGAUGCAAAAGGCGAUCGAGGGAGAUUUCUGUUUUGCAUUGUCAGAAAUCGCCAAAAACCUGUAACACCUGAAGUCGUCACAUCAGCUGGGGAUCUCAUACACUUGCUAAAGGAAAAGGAGAGCAGCAUUGCGAAGUUACUCCGGGAGGCGUUCAUGAUCGGCUACAAUCCUUCAGUACGUUCUGGAAAGCGUGUUUCUGCUAGGAACAUACCCCCGCCGGGGACAAGCUGGGUUUUCAAAGGACGCGAGACGGAGAAGGAGAAGGCGAGCGCAUUGGAAGUUACUUCAGCGGCCGCCGUCGGCGCUGUUUUGAAGAUAGACGAAGAAAUCAUAGAUGACAGUCUCGAUGCGCUCAUAAAAGAUAAAGAUUUUAUUUUAUCUCAGUCUCGACAGCAACGAAUCAGGAAAAUAAACGAUGGCCUACGUGCUGCGGAACAGACGCGCCCUUCCUUCCGCUCAGAAGACCGCUUGAAGAUGAAGUUGCUUCAGAACGCCGCAUCCACAAUGAUCGAGGUUGUCAAAGAGCAGGUCAACGAGGAAAAAGAACAGAACGUGCGCACCGAAUCGAGGGUUUUGGCUGUAACUUGCCACAAUGCAUGCCUCAACCUCGUGCGCGACGCCGAUGGACAAGAAGGCGGCAUACGCGGCACCUUUAAAAGUACAGCUCCGAACAUGAUCCGCUCCGCCCUCGUUCCCUUUUCAGCAACAGCCCUCGCGUCCCAGGAAACCAUCAACGACAGGGUCCAAUCGUAUUUACGAAUCAAUCCCAGUCCCGAUAAAGAGCCGAGCCAGUUCACUUCGCAUUUAUUGGUUCCAGACAGGCCGGGAGGGAGCCUGACUAAUGUGCUCACGUAUAUAGGGCUUUUGAGGCCAGGUUCUUCAGGCUCGCUGGCACACGUCGCCACGCUCAAUGGCGGAAAAGUGAACAGUCUCACUUAAAUAAAGUUUGGCACGUGAUUCCGCGAAAUCAAACUUCGAAUCAUGAAGCUGCAAAUUAAUAU